AUGCUUCUAACAAUACUAACUCGAAUGUCAAAUGAUGAACAACGUUUACAAUUAUUGCAGACACUGCGAAAUAAAUUAUCAAGCUAUCGGCUCACUUGGCUGGACAUACGAAAUAUGAUCAGAUUAUUUUCACCGACAACUCGAAUUCGAUUCGAUAUUUUGCAAUUUUUUCUUUUGUAUAUGAAGAAUUUCUCAGCAAAUCUCGAAAUCGAAGACUAUAUCGAUCUAUAUGAUCUAUGCACGAAUGAUAAUGAACAAAUGAAAGUUCGUUUGUUCGAACUAAUCUACGAGAAAUUAAAUACCCGAAAUCAGCAAGAUGUGGAACGAAUCUUGAGUUUAUUUCAAACGGCACAUAGUCGACAGAAAAUAGAAGGUAUGCUUCGAAACUAUCGAUCCAAAGAAAACCUUGAGCAAUACAGAGGUACACGGUACAAGAAUAUCCAUCUACUGAAUUUCAUCGAGUCGAUUCUUUUAGUUGUUGAAUAUCAACAAUGUACAGCACAUCCCGGAGAGAUUGCAGCGAAUAGAAUCCUUUCACCGACAUUGUCAUCUGCUGAACAACUGUUUGUUGCACCAUUGAAACGUAAAUAUUCUUACGAUUACCAAGAUCAAUCAUGUCGUCAAGUCAUCACACCCAUACUAUAUUCACAGCAAGAAGAACUGAUUCAACAACGAGAUAUACUAUCGAUUAGUUCAUCAAAUUCAUCAAUUUCCUCGACAAGUGGUGAAAACGUUCCUAUCCGCACACGUUCAUUUAUGAUUGCUAUCAAGAAUACAUUCGAAUGUUUAAGAGAAACAUCAAGUUGA